GGAACACCUGUAAAAACCUGUACACCACCUGUAAACACCUGUACAGUCAGUAGAAUGCUUGUAAACACCUGUACAGUCACUGAAAGUAGCAUGUCGUCAUUCAUCUGACAGAUUCUACGCGUGUUGAGUGUUUUGGACACUUUCUGGACUCUCAGAUAUAGUUUUGUAUCCAGGUGAAUAUUUAUUUCCAGGUGUGGUUUUAUCUCCAGGUGUAGUUUUGUUUUCAGGUGUAGUUUUAUCUCAAUUCAAUUCAAUUUUAUUUAUAUAGCACUAAUUACAGUCAAAUUGUCUCCAGACGCUUUCCAGAACCCAUAUGAACCCCCAGAGCAGCUCUAAGGAGACAGUGGCAGAAAAAAACCUUGAGCAGAACCUGACUCUUUAUAUGGGGGAACCAUAUCACAGAUGAUUCAUACAAAGCAGAAGCUAACAUAUAAAUUGAUUCAUAGUUUCCUGUUCUGGUGUACAGCUCUGGCAUUAAAUCUACUACAUAUGUAGCUGGUAGUAAAAUUCAAACAGUAUGUAGAAUAUAUCAGGUAUAGUGAGGGCGAUGCAGAGUAGACUGGUGGAAAUGGGCAGCUGGAAGCAGCAUCCAACAGUGGACAGGUGUAGUUUUGUCUCCAGGUGUAGUUUUGUCUCCAGGUGUCCUCUUGUCUCCAGGUAUAGUUUUGUCUCCAGAUGUUGUUUUGUCUCCAGGUGUCCUCUUUUGUCCAGGUGUCCUCUUGUCUCCAAGUGUUGUUUUGUCUCCAGGUGUCCCCUUGUCUCCAGGUGUCCUCUUGUCUCCAGGUGUAGUUUUGUCUCCAGGUGUCUUCUUGUCUUCAGGUGUCUUCUUGUUUCCAGGUGUCCUCUUGUCUCCAGGUGUUGUUUUUUCUCCAGGUGUCCUCUUGUCUCCAGGUGUCCUCUUGUCUCCAGGUCUUGUUUUGUCUCCAGAGGUCUUGUUUUGUCUCCAGGUGUCCACUUGUCUCCAGGUGUAGUUUUGUCUCCAGGUGUCCUCUUGUCUCCAAGUGUUGUUUUGUCUCCAGGUGUCCUCUUGUCUCCAAGUGUUGUUUUGUCUCCAGGUGUCCUCUUGUCUCCAGGUGUCCCCUUGUCUCCAGGUGUAGUUUUGUCUCUUGGUGUCCCCGUGUCUCUAGGUGUAGUCUUGUCUCUAGGUGUCCUCUUGUCUCCAGGUGUCCUCUUGUCUCCAGGUGUAGUUUUGUCUCCUGGUAUCCUCUUGUCUCCAGGUGUCCUCUUGUCUCCAGGUGUAGUUUUGUCUCUUGGUGUCCUCUUGUUUCCAGGUGUCCUCUUGUCUCCAAGUGUUGUUUUGUCUCCAGGUGUCCUCUUGUCUCCAAGUGUUGUUUUGUCUCCAAGUGUUGUUUUGUCUCCAGUUGUUGUUUUGUCUCCAGGUGUAGUUUUGUCUCCUGGUAUCCUCUUGUCUCCAGGUGUCCCCUUGUCUCCAGGUGUUCUCUUGUCUCCAGGUGUAGUUUUGUCUCCUGGUAUCCUCUUGUCUCCAGGUGUCCCCUUGUCUCCAGGUUUCCUCUUGUCUCCAGGUCUUGUUUUGUCUCCAGGUGUCCCCUUGUCUCCAGGUGUAGUUUUGUCUCCAGGUGUCCUCUUGUCUCCAAGUGUUGUUUUGUCUCCAGGUGUUGUUUUGUCUCCAGGUGUAGUUUUGUCUCCUGGUAUCCUCUUGUCUCCAGGUGUAGUUUUGUCCCCAGGUGUAGUUUUGUCUCCAGGUGUCUUCUUGUCUUCAGGUGUCUUCUUGUCUCCAGGUGUCCUCUUGUCUCCAGGUGUUGUUUUGUCUCCUGGUAUCCUCUUGUCUCCAGGUGUCCUCUUGUCUCCAGGUGUAGUUUUGUCUCCAGGUGUCCUCUUGUCUCCAAGUGUUGUUUUGUCUCCAGGUGUCCCCUUGUCUCCAGGUGUCCUCUUGUCUCCAGGUGUAGUUUUGUCUCCAGGUGUCCUCUUGUCUCCAGGUGUAGUCUUGUCUCCAGGUGUCCUCUUGUCUCCAGGUGUAGUUUUGUCUCCAGGUGUUCUCUUGUCUCCAGGUGUAGUUUUGUCUCUUGGUGUCCUCUUGUCUCCAGGUGUCCUCUUGUCUCCAAGUGUUGUUUUGUCUCCAGGUGUCCUCUUGUCUCCAGGUGUAGUUUUGUCUCCUGGUAUCCUCUUGUCUCCAGGUGUAGUUUUGUCCCCAGGUGUAGUUUUGUCUCCAGGUGUCUUCUUGUCUUCAGGUGUCUUCUUGUCUCCAGGUGUCCUCUUGUCUCCAGGUGUUGUUUUGUCUCCUGGUAUCCUCUUGUCUCCAGGUGUCCUCUUGUCUCCAGGUGUAGUUUUGUCUCCAGGUGUCCUCUUGUCUCCAAGUGUUGUUUUGUCUCCAGGUGUCCCCUUGUCUCCAGGUGUCCUCUUGUCUCCAGGUGUAGUUUUGUCUCCAGGUGUCCUCUUGUCUCCAGGUGUAGUCUUGUCUCCAGGUGUCCUCUUGUCUCCAGGUGUAGUUUUGUCUCCAGGUGUUCUCUUGUCUCCAGGUGUAGUUUUGUCUCCUGGUAUCCUCUUGUCUCCAGGUGUCCUCUUGUCUCCAGGUGUAGUUUUGUCUCUUGGUGUCCUCUUGUCUCCAGGUGUCCUCUUGUCUCCAAGUGUUGUUUUGUCUCCAGGUGUCCUCUUGUCUCCAAGUGUUGUUUUGUCUCCAAGUGUUGUUUUGUCUCCAGUUGUAGUUUUGUCUCCUGGUAUCCUCUUGUCUCCAGGUGUCCCCUUGUCUCCAGGUGUAGUUUUGUCUCCAGGUGUUCUCUUGUCUCCAGGUGUAGUUUUGUCUCCUGGUAUCCUCUUGUCUCCAGGUGUCCCCUUGUCUCCAGGUUUCCUCUUGUCUCCAGGUCUUGUUUUGUCUCCAGGUGUCCCCUUGUCUCCAGGUGUAGUUUUGUCUCCAGGUGUCCUCUUGUCUCCAAGUGUUGUUUUGUCUCCAGGUGUCCUCUUGUCUCCAGGUGUAGUUUUGUCUCCUGGUAUCCUCUUGUCUCCAGGUGUCCCCUUGUCUCCAGGUGUCCUCUUGUCUCCAGGUGUAGUUUUGUCUCUUGGUGUCCUCUUGUCUCCAGGUGUCCUCUCUUCUCCAAGUGUUGUUUUGUCUCCAGGUGUAGUCUUGUCUCCAGGUGUCCUCUUGUCUCCAGGUGUAGUUUUGUCUCCAGGUGUUCUCUUGUCUCCAGGUGUAGUUUUGUCUCUUGGUGUCCUCUUGUCUCCAGGUGUCCUCUUGUCUCCAAGUGUUGUUUUGUCUCCAGGUGUCCUCUUGUCUCCAAGUGUUGUUUUGUCUCCAGUUGUAGUUUUGUCUCCUGGUAUCCUCUUGUCUCCAGGUGUCCCCUUGUCUCCAGGUGUAGUUUUGUCUCCAGGUGUUCUCUUGUCUCCAGAUGUAGUUUUGUCUCCUGGUAUCCUCUUGUCUCCAGGUGUCCCCUUGUCUCCAGGUUUCCUCUUGUCUCCAGGUGUAGUUUUGUCUCCUGGUGUCCCCUUGUCUCCAGGUGUCCCCUUGUCUCCAGGUGUCCUCUUGUCUCCAGGUGUAGUUUUGUCUCCAGGUGUCCUCUUAUCUCCAAGUGUUGUUUUGUCUCCAGGUGUUGUUUUGUCUCCAGGUGUAGUUUUGUCUCCUGGUAUCCUCUUGUCUCCAGGUGUCCUCUUGUCUCCAGGUGUAGUUUUGUCUCUUGGUGUCCUCUUGUCUCCAGGUGUCCUCUUGUCUCCAAGUGUUGUUUUGUCUCCAGGUGUCCUCUUGUCUCCAAGUGUUGUUUUGUCUCCAGUUGUAGUUUUGUCUCCUGGUAUCCUCUUGUCUCCAGGUGUCCCCUUGUCUCCAGGUGUAGUUUUGUCUCCAGGUGUUCUCUUGUCUCCAGAUGUAGUUUUGUCUCCUGGUAUCCUCUUGUCUCCAGGUGUCCCCUUGUCUCCAGGUUUCCUCUUGUCUCCAGGUGUAGUUUUGUCUCCUGGUGUCCCCUUGUCUCCAGGUGUCCCCUUGUCUCCAGGUGUCCUCUUGUCUCCAGGUGUAGUUUUGUCUCCAGGUGUCCUCUUAUCUCCAAGUGUUGUUUUGUCUCCAGGUGUUGUUUUGUCUCCAGGUGUAGUUUUGUCUCCUGGUAUCCUCUUGUCUCCAGGUGUCCCCUUGUCUCCAGGUGUCCUCUUGUCUCCAGGUGUAGUUUUGUCUCUUGGUGUCCUCUUGUCUCCAGGUGUCCUCUUGUCUCCAAGUGUUGUUUUGUCUCCAGGUGUCCUCUUGUCUCCAAGUGUUGUUUUGUCUCCAGGUGUAGUUUUGUCUCCUGGUGUAGUUUUGUCUCUUGGUGUCCUCUUGUCUCCAGGUGUCCUCUUGUCUCCAAGUGUUGUUUUGUCUCCAGGUGUCCUCUUGUCUCCAAGUGUUGUUUUGUCUCCAGUUGUAGUUUUGUCUCCUGGUAUCCUCUUGUCUCCAGGUGUCCCCUUGUCUCCAGGUGUAGUUUUGUCUCCAGGUGUUCUCUUGUCUCCAGAUGUAGUUUUGUCUCCUGGUAUCCUCUUGUCUCCAGGUGUCCCCUUGUCUCCAGGUUUCCUCUUGUCUCCAGGUGUUGUUUUGUCUCCAGGUGUCCCCUUGUCUCCAGGUGUUGUUUUGUCUCCAGGUGUAGUUUUGUCUCCAGGUGUCCUCUUAUCUCCAAGUGUUGUUUUGUCUCCAGGUGUUGUUUUGUCUCCAGGUGUAGUUUUGUCUCCUGGUAUCCUCUUGUCUCCAGGUGUCCCCUUGUCUCCAGGUGUCCUCUUGUCUCCAGGUGUAGUUUUGUCUCUUGGUGUCCUCUUGUCUCCAGGUGUCCUCUUGUCUCCAAGUGUUGUUUUGUCUCCAGGUGUUCUCUUGUCUCCAAGUGUUGUUUUGUCUCCAAGUGUUGUUUUGUCUCCAGUUGUUGUUUUGUCUGCAGGUGUAGUUUUGUCUCCUGGUAUCCUCUUGUCUCCAGGUGUAGUUUUGUCUCCAGGUGUUCUCUUGUCUCCAGGUGUAGUUUUGUCUCCUGGUAUCCUCUUGUCUCCAGGUGUCCCCUUGUCUCCAGGUUUCCUCUUGUCUCCAGGUCUUGUUUUGUCUCCAGGUGUCCCCUUGUCUCCAGGUGUCCUCUUGUCUCCAAGUGUUGUUUUGUCUCCAGGUGUCCCCUUGUCUCCAGGUGUCCUCUUGUCUCCAGGUUUAGUUUUGUCUCUUGGUGUUCUCUUGUCUCCAGGUGUAGUUUUGUCUCUAGGUGUCCUCUUGUCUCCAUGUGUAGUCUUGUCUCCAGGUGUCCUCUUGUCUCCAGGUGUAGUUUUGUCUCCAGGUGUCCUCUUGUCUCCAGGUGUAGUUUUGUCUCUAGGUGUUCUCUUGUCUCCAGGUGUAGUUUUGUCUCUAGGUGUCCUCUUGUCUCCAGGUGUAGUCUUGUCUCCAGGUGUCCUCUUGUCUCCAGGUGUCGUUUUGUCUCCAGGUGUUCUCUUGUGUCCAGGUGUCCCCUUGCCUCCAGGUGUUGUUUUGUCUCUAGGUGUCCUCUCUUCUCCAGGUGUCCUGUUGUCUCCACUUCUUGUUUUGUCUCCAGGUGUCCUCUUGUCUCCAGGUGUAGUUUUGUCUCCAAGUGUCCUCUUGUCUCCAGGUGUUUUUUUUGUCUCUCGGUGUCCUCUUGUCUCCAGGUGUCCUCUUGUCUCCAAGUGUAGUUUUGUCUCCAGGUGUCCUCAUGUCUCUUGGUAUCCUCUUGCCUCCAGGUGUUGUUUUGUCUCUAGGUGUCCUCUUGUCUCCAGGUGUCCUCUUGUCUCCAGGUCUUUUUUUGUCUCCAGGUCUUGUUUUAUCUCCAGGUGUCCUCUUGUCUCCAGGUGUCCUCUUGUCUCCAGGUGUAGUUUUGUCUCCAGGUGUUUUUUUUUUGUCUCUAGGUGUCCUCUUGUCUCCAGGUGUCCUCUUGUCUCCAGGUGUUGUUUUGUCUCUUGGUGUCCUCUUGUCUCCAGGUGUUUUUUUGUCUCUAGGUGUCCUCUUGUCUCCAGGUGUCCUCUUGUCUCCAAGUGUAGUUUUGUCUCCAGGUGUCCUCAUGUCUCUAGGUAUCCUCUUGCCUCCAGGUGUUGUUUUGUCUCUAGGUGUCCUCUUGUCUCCAGGUGUCCUCUUGUCUCCAGGUGUAGUUUUGUCUCCAGGUGUUUUUUUUUUGUCUCCAGGUGUUUUUUUUUGUCUCUAGGUGUCCUCUUGUCUCCAGGUGUCCUCUUGUCUCCAGGUGUUGUUUUGUCUCUUGGUGUCCUCUUGUCUCCAGGUGUAGUUUUGUCUCCAGGUGUCCUCGUGUCUCCAGGUGUCCUCGUGUCUCCAGGUGUCCUCUUGUCUCCAGGUGUCCUCUAGCUGUUCUGAACAGUUGUGUUUCUGUU